AUUAUUUGCCGGUUUCUUGGUCCAGUUUCCACCAGAAUUCCACACAAUCAUCUUUCUCCUUUCGAUCCUUUCUCUUCGCUUACUCUACCUCAUUCGAUUCUCCUUCACAUUCUAGAAUCUAUAUAUUUCCACAUUCAAUACUCUCGGAUUCCUAGGUCUCCAUUCCAAGAUGUCGACUUCGGAAGAGGUAACGGCAAAUAAACACGUGGAAUUGCCGACGCCGACCGCCCCGCCUGCUGCCGACGUGGAAAACCAGAGCUCCGGGAUGGGGUUCGGUGUGUCAGCGAUCGUACGGCGUUGGAAGAGGGAUGAUUUGAUGAAGAAAGGGUCUCUGAUUUUGAGGGGAUUGGCUCUACUCUUCUCUCUGCUUUCUCUUCUAAUCAUGGCGUGUAACAAGCACGGCGACUGGAAAAAUUUCGACAAGUACGAGGAAUACAGGUAUCUGUUGGCGAUUGCGAUUCUGUCGACUCUGUACACAGGAGGACAAGAGUUGAGACAUGUCCAUGAAAUCUCGAAAGGGAAAAAGAUGUUCGACAUUCGGACAUCUGCCAUGGUCGACUUCUUCGGAGAUCAGGUUGUAGCAUAUCUGCUGAUAUCAGCGGCAUCCGCUGCAGUUCCAUUGACGAACAACUUGAGAGCAUCGCAAGAUAACAUUUUCACAGAUUCCUCAGCCUCCGCCAUCAGCAUGGCUUUCUUUGCAUUUUUUGCUUUGGCAUUAUCGGCUAUGGUGGCAGGAUAUAAACUUUCAUCCCAAUCUUACAUCUGAAUUUGCCUUCUAAUAGCUUGUGAGAUACUUUUUUCCUUUUAGUGAUUUUUAUGUAUUAAACUCAUUGGCUUCAUUUGUUCAGUAAAAACUAAAAAGUUCU